AACAGCUUUUUCAUCAAAGAGCGAGCUAUUCUGUUUCUGAAGCUCAGUUUUGUUGGCAAAUCGAGGGUUAAUUGCCUUAAAUAGCGAAGCUUGACCUUAGAGUGAGAGUGUUCUUACGACUCAAUCAAAUAUGCGUCAUUUGUAAUACGCGUUGUGUCUUCUAAAAGAAUCAAUUUUCAACUUAAAUGCUACAAGAAUGAUCUGCUUAAAGCUCGGCCCCCCUUAAACGAUUAGGUUUCAUUUCUCGUCAACAUAUACUUUGCGCGCGAAUGUAACUAUUCGUAGUUGUUUUCUUGGUUCUUUUGACUACUCUGAGGAAACGACUUUAGAUCGUGUUGCUUUCUAGAUGCAAUCGACUGGCACGUAAAAACAAACCCACUAUUCAACAUUUUGGGUUGUCAGUGGUUAAAGAGUGUUUGGGUUGUUUGAAACUUUUAUUUGAGGUUGCUAAACAAUAAAAGAGAGUGGGCGAAGGUUUGGAAGUAGCUUAGAAACUGCCGUUUCUACUACUUCUGAUGACCUUGAACCCCAAUUGAUUGACUCCAACCAUGAAGAAAAUUAAAGUCUCAAGAAGUCUUUGGCUUUGAGGGAGUGAUAUAUAACCUAUUUUUCUCGUUAAUGAAUGUGACCGCCUGAAUCAUUGUUCGAGUUGCUACAAAGUUUUAACUAUGGCCGUCUAAUUCUUUAAUUAUUCUUUAAUUAUCUGAGCAAGGAUUACAAUGGUUUGACCAUUCUGUGAUAUUUUCAAACAAUCAAUAUUUUUUCGCAAGUGAUGUACAGCUCCGCGUCAUCUGUGCUCUUUUUUAAAAACUGGCGAGAAGGAAUUAAAGGUCGCGAGACUGCAGACUGAAAAAUUAGUGUCGCUAGUUUUAGAUUCCAUGCUUCCGACAAUGUUUUACCAAUGAACUGCGAAUAAUGAUCCUUUCAGGAUGACUAAAAACUAAUGAACAAAAAAGAGUCCCAGUUUUUUACUUCAAUUAGAUUAUCUUAUUAUUCUUUAUACGUCAAGGUGUCUUUUGAUAAAAAAUUAGUGCAAUUAGAAGAAUCAGUUUUGAGAGACAUGUGUAUGGAUGUGGUGCGUUCCGACGCACAUCAGUUCAUUAGCUCAGCCGUUCUUGAGGACCAGUAUGUACGCUCUAAACUUGAGAAGCGAGAGCAUAUCUCGGCCUGUGAUUUUGUAUUCGAGUACUGGUUCAGCGAUUGUUUUAUUGGGGACAGCCACUCCUUGGUAGCAGGAGCAGAUAUCAGUCGCAAUAAUACUCGUAGACAUCGACGCUCAGUAACCAAACUUCUACCGUAUCAAUUGAACAUCCUUGUGAAAAGGGACGAUAAAAUUAAUAAACAAUUCGAUGCCUCGAUCGUUACUGAGGAAAUCCCUGCUGGCAGUGGCUGCGGCAUCCGGCUCAUAUGGAACUGUUUGCUAUUUGGUUCCUGAAAAGUUCGACAGUCAACUACUUUAUGUCUACCGAAAACUUCCACUGAAGGUCGUUUCCUAUUCUGUAGGUCGAAUGAUGUCAGUUGACAUCCCUCCAAGGUGGAGAACUCCAAUUGUAGGAUCUUUCUCUCGGCUUAUUGCUGCAGACGAGUCAGAAUUGAAGGAAUGUGACCUGGAAAAGUAUUCAACAUUAAACCAGUUUUUCUCGAGAGAAUUGAAACCAGGCGCCAGGAUCUUCCAAAAAAGCUCUCAUGACAGUCAAGUUUGGUGUCCCAGUGAUGGAGAAAUUAUUCAGUUCAGACCAGUUGGCUCUUCUAUGGGAUAUACAGAUGGUUUAGGGGCUACCAAAACCGAAGAUUUUAUGACAGUCAAGGAUUGCUCAUUCUCCCUAUCUGAGUUUUUGGGUCCUCCUUUGACAGUAAAAGAGAACUCAACAUCGGUGUCAUCAAUACAGAAUAGACUGUGUCAGAACGAUAGAAAUUGUUUAUAUGCUUGCGCAAUUUAUCUCAGCCCUUCAGAUUGUCACAGAUUUUACUCGCCUGUUGAUUGGAAAGUCAAUUUUGUUCGCCAUUUUAGCGGUUCGCUUCUAUCUGUCAGGCCGUCCAUUUUGAAGUUCUUCAGCCGAACACUAUCUGGUGGUAAGAGUGAUGACAACAUAAGUGCAGUGCUGAGUAUACAAGAACGGUGUGUUAUGGUUGGCGAGUGGAAGCACGGCUUUUUCGCUUUCACCGCUGUUGGUGCUUCAAAUGUAGGAUCGAUUGACUUGAAUCACUUUCCUCAAAUUCGAACCAACAUUAGACCCAAAAAUGACAAGUUAUACGAAGACCACAUGCCAAAAAACGAUUCAGUUGACUUGAAACUGAAUAUGGGCGAUGAAGUUGGCAAGUUCAAUCUGGGCUCUACCAUUGUUCUUGUUUUUGAGGCGCCAAGAGGUUUGAAGUUGCGAGAAGUGUCUCAAUGUAAAAUUGGGCAACAUAUGAUUGUUUAACAACUAUGUAAAGAAUAAAUAACGAAGAUUUUAUAUUUCUUUUAUGUAUUUUUAAAAACUCAUUUCUUAAUUAACUGACCUAA